AUGGCUCCCACACGAUUUAAAAAAGGAUUUGCGAGAAAAUUUAAGAUCAAACAAAAACAAGCUCGCUUAGCUUCCAUUUUGGCAAUCUAUAGCCAAUCAUCUGGCUCUAUUUUAACAACACAAAGUAACAGAAAUAUUUUGCCAUCUAUGCAAAGUUCUGGAGAAAAAAUUGAAGUUUCCGAAAAUGAAGGAAAUUGUAGCUUUUCAGAUAUUGAUGAAGGCUUACCGAAAAGCUUACCUUCUGUUUCUCAAGAUGUUCCUGAAACAAGUUUUAGAACAAAUCUGGCUUCUUGGGCUGUAAAUGAAAAUAUUUCACAUAAAGCAUUACGAAGUUUAUUGAAUAUUUUGAAAGGCAAUGUGAGAGAUAUUCAAGAACUGCAAACUUUACCAUCAGAUCCUAGAACUCUUUUAAGAACCCCUUCAAAAACAGAAAACUGUAUAGAUAUGGGGCCAGGUUGCUACUAUUAUUUUGGAAUUGAAGCAAAUAUCAUUAAUUUGUGUGACAAGUUUGAUGUUAAUUUGGAUGAAAGUUCAAAAUUCUUUAUUUCUGUAAAUAUUGAUGGAGUGCCUUUAUUUAAAAGUUCAGGGGAAUCAUUUUGGCCUAUACUUUGUGUUAUUAAAAGUAUUGAUUCUCUAAGCAAAGAAGUUUUCUGCAUUGCAUUAUAUUUGGGUAGUAGUAAACCCAAUAUAAAUGAAUAUUUGAAAGAUUUUGUUAAAGAAGUGUCAGAUCAGUGUUAUAUUCAAAAACUCCAAAACUCCUGUCUUCGAUAUGCAUAUAACAUUGACCAUAGGGAUCACGGAUUACUAGGAUAUCAGUGGAUUCCAACCAAUAAUAUGGUUUGGUAUGUGGUGAAGUUUACAAAAGAAAAUUCUUUUGAAGUGGUACCAAAAGCCUGGUUUGUUGAGUUGUCUUUGGAGUGUUUCUGGCCACCAUUAACAUACAAAACCGAAAAGAUUCUUAAGUUAAUCGAAAACUGUGAGGGACCUGGAACCGAGUGGAAAGUGCAUCCAGCAAAGCUACUGGGUGCUUACACUGAUUUAAAUAAAGCAAAAAGAAAAGCCAAAAAGGCACUCGCAACUAGUGAUAUAUCUUCAAGUAAUGAAGAAGCCAUAAAUACAAGAAGGAAAAAAAGGAAAAAUCCAAAAUACAGCAGUUCAGGAGCUGAUUCCGAUGAAUCCGACAAUAAUUCGUACCCAAUAUUAAAAAAAGGAUUUUCCAGCAGAAGCUUCUCGCAGGACCUUGCGCCAAGAAAAAGUCAACCAAAAAAUGCACUAAAGCGAUAUCGCUCAAGAAGUUAUUCACCUUCCGGACCUCAUGAUUUCACAGCUGUAAAUUUAUUAACAGAAAAAUCCUUAAAUGAGACAGGAAGAGGCGAAAUGUCUUCGCAAAUGGCAUCUACUUCAUUUUGUCAAACUCCACCAACCAAUUUGGAGUAUGAACACUCGGAACCUAGCCUAAACAUGGCAAAUGUUUCAAUUCCCACAACAUCAAGGCAACAGAAAACUAUAACGUCAAGGCAGCAAAUAGAGUCUGACAAUGUUGCUGGUGAUAAUGAUUUUAAAAAAAUGGUUUUAAGUGAGCUGUCUCAUUUGCAUUUAAAAAUAAAUGCAAUUGGCGAGAAUGUCUCUUCAAUUGUAGCAUUUCACAAAUCAAACGCAGGCAGCCUCCUACCUACUUCAUCCCUUGAUGCAAUAACUUCUCUGAAUAAGAGACUUCCUAUAAAAUCUGUAGAGGAAUUGAAUGAAUUUGAAACCUGGUUGGGCGAAGAAAAUAAUUAUAAAUUAAUGGUUACAGAAUUCAAAAGGAUAGGAGGACAAUCCAUGCCCCAGACGGUACGACGAAUCUUAUACAAAGCUUUUACAAAUUCUGUUGCAAAUAAGUAUUCAUGGGAUGGAGCAAAAAAGAAGGAUCCACUGAAACAUUUUUUGUUGGCCCGGGGAAUUCUUGAUGCUGUCAAAUUUCAAUAUAGUCAGUCUACUGAGGCCGAAAUUGUAGAUGUUCUAAGAGUGUGGAUGGUGAAGGCCAAAGAGCGACUGAAACACGAUAAAUCGCAUGAUGAAAACCAAGAAAUUGUGACUGAUUAG